AUGCAGCGAAUCAUCACUCUCGCCCUCGCUGCCGGUGCUGCAGCUCUGCCAGCUGCCACCUCGAAAACUCCACUGAGCAACUCAGAGUUCGGCCUGAUCAUGGAUGUGUCCACAACAGACUCACCCAUCUACGUCUCGCUGAACGGUGUCAAGAACGGCACAUCCGAGGACCUUAUUCUCAUUGGCGAGAGACUCUCAGUCUACCCAGGGACACCUACCUACUUGGACCCCGUCAGCCCAGACCCAGACUGCCAAGCCCUCAACUUUGACGUCGAUGGAUGCGAGUAUGGACUCUACGCUCCGGACAUUGGAGACAACUACGGCAUCAAGACCUAUGUUACCGCGAAGAAGGACGAGAAACAGUAUGCUUGGAGUGUCUACAACGGCCAAGUCCACCACAAGCUCUAUGCUGCCACCAACCAGUUCCUUGCUUGCAACACCACCUACAACGGCGAGACUUACUUGGCCCUUGGCUGGGGUAUUGCCGACUCCAACGGACUCCCAGAGGGUUGCAUGAGCACACGAGUCUUCCAGAACUGCAACAUCGAAGGAAGUGAAGCAAACUGCAAGUCUACAUAG